CAUCUCUGCCUCCCUUUCACUCGCUUUAUCCCGCCUGUGUGUGCACAUCCAUACCAAGACCCUCUCACUUAUUCCCCGCAUGUCCCCGGAAUCCAUUGCAUAACCUGGGGGCUCGUAUCGGGGCAGGAACACGGGUCUUAAGUGGCGGACAAUCGGCGCUUUUUUACGGGUUAUUGUUACUCCACACCCCCACCUAUAAUAAAGCCCCCCCCUCCCCCUUCACCCUGUUGCCAUGCAGGAGGUGUGACCCUCCUUCCUCUUCUUCCUCGUGCCUCAUCAUCGGGACAGAAAAAUAAAAUAAACCCUGUCACCGGUUAAGAUGUCUGAACCCGAUGCCUCCUCGGCGGCGGCCCCUUCGCUGCCCGUCACCUCGCCCCGCACCCCCCUGCAGCUCUCCUUCCCCUUCCACAGGGAGGGCAGCCGGGUGUGGGAGAGAGAGAGGAAACCGCCCUCCCUGCCCAGAGACCUGCCGAGCCCCCUACCCACCAAACGCACCCGGACGUACUCAGCGACAGUGCGGGCGAGGUCAGGUCCGGUGUUUAAAGGGGUUUGUAAAAACUUCUCCAGGUCUCAGGGUCACGGCUUCAUCAAACCCUCUCACGGAGGAGAAGACAUCUUCGUCCACAUCUCUGACAUUGAUGGAGAGUACGUGCCUAUGGAGGGGGACGAGGUCACGUACAAGGUGUGUCCGAUCCCGCCCAAGAACCAGAAGAUCCAGGCUGUGGAGGUGGUGCUCACACACCUGAACCCCGUCACCAAGCAUGAGACCUGGUCAGGACAGAUCAUCAGCUCCUAGACCAGGGAUCCAUGCUGCAGAGGAAACAGGGAUUUAUUUUUUAUGUUUGUGGGUAGGACGAUCGACCUGAAGUGUCUUUGUUGUGGAGUAAUGAUGGUUUGAGUGUGAGGUCAGGGCUGGAAAUGGAGCUUUGAAUGUAUACGUUUGAAUGGUUUCCUUUGACGGUCAACAUUAGGGUGUAAAGUUAGGGAUCGGGGUUGGAAAUAGACGUUCUAUUUUUAAUAUAUUUUAGCUCGGAAAUCAGUGUCUUCUAGAGAAGCGAUGCCUUCAAAAGGCUUAAGGGGCUGAAUCACAUUUAGAGCAUAUUUGACCCAGCUAUAGUGAUGCUCCACUUUGCACACCAGACAGCCUCGAGGGACAAACUCCAAUAAAGUGGUGCAGGAAUGAGUCCUAAAACACAAAAAUGAGUCAGCUUUUCAUCACUUCUAGUUCCCUCAUCUCUAAGUCAAUGAUUUUUUGAAUAUUUGUGUGGUUAGACACAAUUAGAUCUGUGGUUAACACAAGCUGAAGAUAUUUAACAUUUUGUUCUACAACCUAACAAACGUCACUAAAUACCCCACUGGUGAAUGUCUAACGGUUCUACUACUAAACUUUAGCCUCCCUUAGCUGAACGGUGGUGACGUGAAGUCAUGGGACCGUGCUCUAGUUCUUUUAUAGACUAACGUUAGCUUUAUUCUUCUAACCAAUGCAUUGUUAUUUUCUGCAAUACUCCAAAAUCCAAUGGAAAAAUCCCAAUGGCUUUUUGUCGAGGGAACCAGGAAGAUGCUAACUGCUGCUAACUCGGCCUGCAAAAAUACACAUGUUCUGCACCACUAUAUAUAGAUCUAAAUUUCACCAACUGGCGUUACUUACAUGCCGUCAGGAUGAUGUGAGAACCGUGUGAGAAAUGCAGAAUUAUGCCAUAUUGGUUCUUGUGUUUACAAAGUUUAAUGGAGAUGGUUGCCUCACAGCGUAACAUCAAAUCAAAAGCAAACUACACGCAUUGAAUCAGCUUUGUUACUGCUGAUUACGGUGAGGAUGUGAAAGGAAUAAUCCCUGCAGAUCUCAGCUGCUCAACCCUGCAGGUGCACGGCGGCCAGAUGGAAACAAUCAAUGCACUUAAAGUGGGAAGAAUCGCUGACAGAGACCCAAAUAACUCUUAAUGCUUUUUGGCCUUAAGAGCUGCGUUAGGCUCUAUAGAUAGGGAAUUAUUUUCCUUCUUAACGAUGUAGCACUACUGUAUUUUGUCUUCUUGCCAAGUGUAGAAAUCUGUGUGUUAUUUUAGCCAGCUCCUAUGACGGUCUGUUUUGGAAACAAGACCAGAGGGUUUUGGUUCUGGGGAGGAAGGUCAGGGAAAGGGCGGCGGAUGUAUUGAUUAUCUGUAGAUAUACUCGAGAUACAGCUUGAUGUUACGGAGCACGUGUAAUCAGGAGGACAAUGAUUAAAGUCAGAAGUAAUGAAAUAGGCAGAUAGAGAAUCAACACGUUAGAGUUUAAAGAGCUGAGGAAGGUUUCCUGGUAUACGUUUAAAAGUCUUUAUUUAUUGACUUAUUUAUUUUAAUCUGUAACUGCGAGACCAUCAGGUGUUUGGUAAUUAAAGCUGCAUUUAUAAGUAUUUGUGCAAAGUUAAGCCUAUUUGAAUACACUGCACACCUCGCUCUAACGAUACUACCCCGUUAAUCUCUCUUUAGAAAGCCCUUUCUAAUUUCUACACAGUCUUCGUCUCACUUUGAAUAACUGGGAAAAUAACAAGCAGUUUGUGUUUCUGUUAUCAGCUGUUCUUUGACAUUUUUGUAUUGAAUGUGGUGAUACUUGUAUCAUGACGUAACAUCUUAGUAACGCUGCGUUAUUCUGUUCUCCUUAUUGUGAGGGAAACACAUUUGGUUCUGUUCGCAAGCACUUUUGUCUCCUGUCAUUAAUUUUGAAUAAAACUU